CGCGGGGAGUGGCAGGUCUUGGAACUGAUCGACAUCAACAAACAUUUCUGCCCAACACCCAGGACACACAACACAUGAUGCCACAUCUGUUGUGUGUCUCCCCUAUAGUCUCGUAGGUCUGUCUCGUCCCCUGGCAGAAACUUUUAUCUAUGGUGUCAGUUUUAAUCAGACCAGGCAGCACUUUCUGUAUUGGCUUCACGCCAGAGUCCACGGAGCUGUGGGUGGGAAUGAUCGUGGAUCUAUCCGCUUUCUUCUGUUGGAUCGCUCUGAACAGUGGCGGGCAUAGCCUACACCCGCAGCGACGCUGACGCAGUCCCGCAACGAGGGCUCUGGGUGAAUAAGCGAGAAAAGUGUAACUGCCUCCAGACAGACAGAAUGCGUGUUCUGUUGAGUGUCCUGUACCCGGUGCUUUCAAUCACCGUCUUCGGAUUAUAUCCGUCAAUGACCAUCGGGCCUAAGGAGGGUUGGCAGGUGUACAGUUCAGCCCAGGAUACUGACGGGCGGUGUAUCUGCACGGUGGUGGCACCUGAACAGAACCUCUGCUCCAGAGACGCCAAGGGAAGACAGCUCCGCCAGCUACUGGAGAAGGUGCAGAACAUGUCCCAGUCCAUUGAGGUGUUGAACCUGCGGACCCAGAGGGACUUCCAGUACGUCAUGAAGAUGGAGAAUCAGAUGAAAGGGCUCCAGACCACGCUCAGACAGAUAGAAGACGACAGGAAGACCAUUAUAACCAGGAACUUCCAGGAGCUGAAGAACAAGAUGGAUGAGCUGCAGCCUCUGAUCCCUGUGUUGGAGCAGUACAAGACUGACGCCCAGCUCAUCUCCUCCUUUAAAGAGGAGAUCAGGAACCUGUCCAUGGUGCUCACCACUAUUCAGGAGGAGAUGGGGGCAUACGACUAUGACGAGCUCUACCAGAGGGUCCUCAGACUGGACAGCAGGCUGCACAACUGCAUGGGCAAACUCACAUGUGGGAAAUUAAUGAAAAUCACUGGACCUGUAACAAUAAAGACAUCUGGCACCCGGUUUGGAGCAUGGAUGACUGACCCACAGGCCUCUCAGAGGAACAACAGGGUCUGGUACAUGGACAGCUACACCAACAGUAAGAUUGUCCGUGAGUACAAGACCAUGGACGACUUUGUAGCUAACGCGGUGUCGCGAACCUACAACCUCCCGUUUAAAUGGGAGGGAACCGGUCACGUGGCGUACAAUGGAUCUCUGUACUACAAUAAGUAUCAGAGCAACAUCAUCGUCAAGUACAGUUUUGAGACGGGUCGGGUGUUGGCUCAGCGGGCUCUGGAGUACGCCGGCUUCCACAAUACCUACCCCUACUCCUGGGGAGGAUACUCUGACAUCGAUGUCAUGGCCGACGAACUGGGCAUGUGGGUAGUGUACGCAACCAAUCAGAACGCGGGAAAUAUCGUCAUCGCCCAGAUGGACCCGGACACCCUGGAACUCCAGAAGACUUGGAACACGGAAUAUUCCAGACGGAACGCGGGGGAAUCCUUUAUGAUCUGCGGAACACUCUACAUCACCAACUCUCACCUGACGGGUGCUAAGGUCUACUACUCGUACUCCACCAAGACCUCCAGCUAUGAGUACACAGACAUCCCCUUCCACAACCAGUACUUUCACAUCUCCAUGCUGGCCUAUAACGCCAGGGAGAGGGCCCUCUAUGGCUGGAACAAUGGACACCAGGUGCUGUUCAAUGUCACUCUGUUCCACGUCAUCAAAACCCAAGACGACUCCUAGAGGACACGGGAGAUGAAAUGUCACAAGUCCUCAUAUGGACACCGUAGAAAUGACAACUUUCCAAGGCAAAGCGCCAUCAUUUGUGAUAUAAAAAGGGACCUUGUUGCUUACAACCUUGUUCAUGUUUUUCCUCACCUCCUCCCUAAAGUGAACUGCUCUGUCAUUACAUUGCCAUUACUUGAAGAAAUUGCCUUUUUUGUAUUUUCUGGGCCAGAACACUUGAGGUGACUUGAACACGGACAGAAUGUCAUAGAUUCUAUUUAUCCUUUCUUCUUUUUUCUUUUCCCGUCGCUGCUGAAAAUAGGAGUUUACUGUAUGGCCUUAUUUCCUGCUGUCUUUACAUUCUCUAUGAUCCUCUUCUUUUCCCAUCGCUGCUGAAAAUAUGACUUUACUAUAUGGCCUUAUUUACUGCUGUCUUUACGUUCUCUAUGAUCCACAGGCUCUUGAUAGAUAUGUGCAUGAAUGUCUGUCAUUUUGUCUGCUGUAAUUUACAAUGAUGCAGUGUACUUGCUAUGUUUCUGUUCCAGAUGUCCUUCAGUUCGCACAGUGUUUGUAGUGACGUCUAUUUAAAGUAUUUAAACCCGGUUUAAGGUCCUCUCCAGAGUAUUUGCUGCCAUGUUACAAAGGGAAAUGGACAGUCUUAUUAUGGAAAACAUUGUGGUAACAAUUGUAUGUCUCUAUGCGAAAGCUAAGUAAAUAUUUUUUGUUUGUUAUAAAAUACUGUAUCAAAAGUG